ACCACAAGUUCCACUAUUUUGAUUGGCUGCUCAUUCAAGAGAGCGUUAGAGUGAGAAAGAAGGAGUGUAUUUUUGGUUGGAUAAACCAGAUGUUUAGGACCAAUUCAGUUGGUUGAAAUGAAAUGAUAAUACGGUAAGGAAAAAAAUCUCUCCACGAUUAGUAAUAAAAUACGCUUUGUCUUUCUGACAACAAGAUAUUUUUAGUCUACAAUAAUCAUUGCUACGGAACGGACAGAAGUGCUGUAAUUGCGUGAAACGUGUUAAACCGAUAAAAUCGAGAUCAAUUUAUCUGCUAUUUAGACAUGAUAGUGUUAGUUUUAGUUAAAAAAAAUAAUCGUAUUUAAAUAAAAUAAAUUAUUGAAUUAGCCCAAAGAAUAAAAUCUGAAAAUUCAAUAGAAAUAAAUUUAUUGCUUGAAAAUAAAGAGUGUGUGUUAAAAGUUUAAGAAAAACAUGGUUAAAAUCGACGAUCCAUGUAGUGUUGACAGAGUUUCAGAUCAUAUUCAAACUGAAGCUCAAAUAACCCAUUUACAUUCACCACCGCCACAGCAACAACUUCAGCAGCCGCAGCAACAAGAUCUUCACCUGCAACAAUUGCAUUCUCACCAUCAAGCGUUGCUGGACACACAUCAGCAUUUGCAGCAAUUUUAUAAAAUGGCCCGCACUCCCCACUUAAAAUCAAGUUUCUCCAUUAACUCCAUUCUACCGGAGACUGUGGAAGACAACAAUCAAAAUCAUCAGCAUCACUCCCCUCGUCAUAAUCAAAAACAAAAUGAUCUCACAUUCAAUCUCUGUGACGACAAUGAUGGACAAGAUGCUGACUCAGAUUUGGAUGUGACCAGCAUGUCGCCGCCACCGCCUACCGACGGCAGUGAAUUGAGUAAUAGUACCGAAGGCUUAGUGCAUAACGUGCGCAACCAUCACCACGACGAUGAAGGUACUGAGAGUGAUCUCGAGGCUGGUUUGGAUCCCGAUGUAGUUGAUGACGAUGAGGAUUUAGAUGGAGAUGUAGAGGCCGAUAGAGAAGGAAUAGAGGAUGAAGGGGAAAAUAAAGAUGAAAAUGGCGAGAAACCGGAAACGGAUAAGAAAGGCAAUGAAAAGCCUCCAUACAGUUAUAAUGCGCUAAUAAUGAUGGCCAUUAGACAAAGUCCCGAAAAACGUUUAACCCUUAACGGCAUCUACGAAUACAUAAUGACUAAUUUUCCCUACUACAGAGACAAUAAACAGGGAUGGCAGAAUUCUAUACGUCACAAUCUCAGCUUAAACAAAUGUUUUGUCAAAGUUCCCCGCCACUAUGAUGACCCAGGCAAGGGCAAUUACUGGAUGUUAGACCCCUCUGCGGAUGAUGUAUUUAUAGGGGGGUCUACGGGUAAAUUGAGAAGGCGAACCACCGCCGCCUCCAGAUCAAGGUUAGCGGCAUUCAAACGUUCUCUGAUAGGGCCAAUGUUUACCGGCCUAGGUUAUCCACAAUUUAAUCAGUUCCUAUAUCCUCAGCAAGCGGCAGCCACUGGUGCUACUAACCCGAGUCUCCUAGCAAAUAUGUAUGGAAGAUACAAUCCUUUUGUGCCAAAGAAUACAGCUUUAUCUCCCACGCCCUUCUCUGCUAGAGUUAAUAGUGCCAUGGCGGCUGCCAACUAUAGCAAUAUGGAGCGUUUACUUUCUGCCGCAGCCAUUCCACCUCAGAGUCAUCCAGCUGCUGCCGCUGCUGCAGCUGCAGCAGCCGCCUCUAUGCCCACAUCCGAUCUUUACCAGCGUUUGCAAUAUCAACAGCUCCUGCAACAACAUGCAGCUGCUGCCGCCAUUGCGGCGCAUCAAAGACAUCAACACCAGCAGCAACACCAACUAUCUGCUUUGCAUCACAUCAGCCCGUCUGCACACCCGCAUCAAGCUCCAACAGCCGUCCAUCAACCGCUGCAGGUAUUGACCCAUUUGGGCCAGCCUUCUUCGUCGCCCUCCCAUUCAAUAUCACCAUCAGCGGCAGCAGCCGUUUCACCGCCUGCGCCUAUUUUAAAGUCAGUAACGCUAGUUUCCCGAAAUAGCUGAGUUACUGUAAGUCUAACGCUACUUGUACGUUGUGCUAACUUAGUAAGAUUGAAAUGUAAAUAUUUAUUGUGUUUUGGAUUUAAGUUUAUAUAUUUAAACCAAAACGACACAUAUUUUGUGAGUUCUACAAGAAUAAUUAAUACAUAUAUAUGUAUACAUAUUAGACUUGACCCGAUAAUUUUUAAAUUACGAUAUUACAUUUUUUAUUUUUUGAGAUUUUGAAUCAGGACUAAUAUUGCCGGUAUUAUUUUGUUAAAAUUUCAACUCCAUCAUCUGCAUAUCUGUGGCCAAAACACCGAUUCUCUGUGACAUUUUUUAAUAGACAUAAACAUAAUUUUUGAUUUUCUCUAUAUUAAUGAAAUGUCAUGCAGUUUUUGCUCUAGAAAAAAUGUCACUCAAAAGCAAUGGUUUCAACCUCAGAUAUGCAAAUGAAGGAGUUGGAAUUAAAAAAAUAUAUUGGAGAAUUGCGAUUACAGAAAUAAAACCCUUCUGAAAAGGUAUAACAUCACAAUAUCGGGAAAAAUUUUAUUUUUUGAAACGAAGCCUAGUGCAUAUGUAUAUAAUAGAGAGAUUUAUUGAUUUUCUCAUUUCAACGAGAUAACAUUACGAGAUAUAAAUACGUAUAUAAAAGAUUACGUUAUUGGGAAUCGAUAAAUUCUGUAAUAGUUCUAUACCAUGUUUUUACAAAUAUAUAUCGCCAUAACAAACUGUGUUUAAAUAAAAAACAUUUUAAAUACAAAAUUCACAAGUAUGUAAAUGUCUGAAUAUCAAAAAUCUGCAGUGUUUGCUUUUCAAUUCAAUAAACUAAAUAAUUGUGUUUGUGAACCCAAAAUCAAGGAUCAAUGAGAUCUAUUUGACAAUUAUUUAAAAAUAGUAAAAUGUCAUAAAACAUUAGUAGUGUUCCAGAACUUUACUGGCUAAAAAGAAUUGAUAAAUUCUCUCUUAAUACUUGUAAUAAGUACGGAAACAGAAAGAAAAUAUAUUUUAAUUAAUUUCUAUUAACCAAAUAAAUUUUAUAUUUCUUUCCAACAAUCACUUAAACAUUAAGGAAUUUUUGAUGGAAGAGAUUUUUUUAAUAUGUAGAACUAAAAACAAUAUAUUUAAACGUUGGUAAGGAACUGAGGUCGUUUUAAAAAUAUUAUUUUUCAGGAUUUAAAAAAUUAAAUGUUAAUUUACGUACAUACAUUUUUCUCACCGAUUUUUUAACUUUUGACACAGUAUACGGAGCCGUAUUUACUUUGAAAAACUCGCGAUAUAUUUGGCGUACACACUUUACCAAGUGUGUAAGUUUUUUCACUUACACAUGCAUUAGGACGACUCACAAAAUAUUCGCUGGGUUGAAAUAUGAUGCUACCCAAAAUAUUUUCGGUUAAGUGUUGUCUAUUCAUGAGUUGGACAGUUUUCAAGAAAAUAUCGUUAAAAAAUAUACGCUUCAAAUAAUCUUUGUUAUUUUUUUAUAAUGGUUCCCAAUAUAUUUCUAGUUUAUCGUUGGCCGUUCGUGAGCUGGACCGAUUACAAAAAAGUCCCUUAGUUAUUUUUUAAAAUUUUACAGUACGUAUUUCUUAAACAAAAUAAACGAUAUGAGGUGUCUUUGAAAGAUUUUAUGAAGCCAAGUCUACUGGUUCGCAAAGUUUGCACAAUUGUGCAUACAUUUUAUUUUUUUUUAUAAGUGAAAAACCUAACAAUUUUAAAUAUUUUGGAAUAUGAAAAUUACGAGCAGACGGUUAUUUAUGAUUAAUACAUCAUUGGACGCGGCUUUAAACCCCCUUUCAAACAAUACCCCAUAUUGGAUAUUAUGUUUCAAAACAAAACAAAAAAAAUUAAAAAAAUAAAUCCAAAAUACCUUUUUUUAAUUUGGUCCAGCUCGCUAGACUUAAAAUAUUUUAGGAAUCAUCAUAAAACAAAGCAAGGUAAAUUUUG